AUGGCUGGUACUAUUGCACGACGAUCCUUGCAAGAGCGAUUAGAUGCUGGUGAAACAAUUCUAUGUGCAGAAGGAUAUGUUUUAGGAUUAGCACGUCGAGGAUAUGUUGGUACUGGUGUCUGGACUGGUCAGUUUAUGUUAGAUUAUCCUGAUGUCUUAACCAGUAUGCACUAUGAAUUUGUACACUGUGGAAGUGAUGUUGUCCAGGCUCUACAGUAUUAUCUUCAUCGAGAGAAAAUGCGUGAAAUUGGACAUGAAGACAACUUAGAGAAGAUCAAUCGAGUUGCUCUACGUUUAGCCAAAGAAGUUGCUAAUAAAACUGGCACACUCUUUGCUGGUAAUAUUUGUAACACCAACAUCUAUAAGCAAAAUGAUGAUGCCAUUAAACAAGAAGUUAGAGUAAUGUUUGAUGAACAAGUUCGCUGGGCAAAAGAGGAAGGAGCAGAAUUCAUUAUAGGAGAAACAUAUCAUUGGUUUGAAGAAGCAGAGAUAGCUCUUGAAGUCAUUAAAUCUUAUGAUCUCCCUGCCAUCAUAAAUUUUGGGGUCAUUGUACCUACUGAUGGUAGUGAAUUUAACCUGCUAGAUUCUAUACCAGUAGGAGAAGCAUGCAAAAUAUUGCUUGACAAAGGAGCAUAUUUAGUUGGUGCAAAUUGUACACGUGGUCCUGAACAAAUGGUUGAAGUUAUAGAACACAUUGUUAAGUUUUGUCCACCAGAGAAAGUCUGUGCCCUCCCUCUUGGAUAUCGCACAACAAAAAAAGAAUAUCCUACAUUAUUUGCAUUAAGAGAUGAUAAAUGUCCUGAAAACUACAAGCCAUAUCCUCAUGGAUUAGAGGCAUUUGGUGUCUCUCCUGUUGAAAUAAAGAAAUUUACUCGUCAAUGUCUUGACCUUGGCCUAAAAUUCAUUGGUAUAUGCUGUGGUAACUCAGGAAUGUUGACCAAUGCUAUGGCUAGAGAAAUGGGAAAAACAACAACAAUUGUGAGUCGUUAUCAUGAUCCUGAGUCCAAAGGGACUGACCCAUAUAAAUUUGUAGAGAUCAAUGGAACAGUUCCCACUAAAUAG